AUAAGUGUGAAAAAUCAAAUGGGUCAUUUAAGGUGAAUAGGAGGGACUAUUUAGCAAAUGUACCAGCUUAGCGUUCAACAGGAGAGCUCAGAGAGUGAAUGCACCGUUAAAUUCUCAAAGAGAGAAACAUAAAGCGAAAGAAAAAAUGGCGACUUCCGGGGAUCUGGGACUCUUUGCAACAUUAGCACCUCAUCAUCAUCGGACUCAUCAUCUUCCUUUCAAGACUUCCUUCCAUUUUUCUUCUUCUAAGAUAGAUGUUUCUAGCUACCCAAGUGGAGUGCUUAGUAUCUCUGAGAUGACACCGAAAAAGUCGAGUAGUCUAUCUCAUGGCUUGAGUUUUCGUUGCCAGUCCAAUCUAACAUUCGGAGUCACAGGAGAUGACAAAUCAUCCGUUAAAUCCUUCAGUCAGGAUGCUGAAAACUUUUUACUCAAUGCCAUUAAUUUGAACUUCUUCGAACGCUUGAACCUAGCUUGGAAAAUUGUUUUCCCCCCUUCAGUUACCAAAAGGAGCUCCAAUGCUAUGAUUGCGAAGCAACGCUUGAAGAUGAUCUUGUUUGCUGAUCGGUGUGCUGUGAGUGAUGAGGCAAAACGGAAGAUUGUGAAGAGCAUUGUGAGUGCUUUAUCAGACUUCGUGGAGAUUGAUUCUCGGGAGAAUGUGCAGCUCAGUGUAUCAACUGAUACAGGUCUUGGAACUGUGUGUUCUGUUACUGUUCCUGUAAGGCGAGUGAAACCAGAAUACCAGGACAAUGAUGAAUCUGGAUCAAUAAUGAAUAUUGAAUACAAAGACACUGGUGAUACGUCCGGUUCUGUCGAUGUCAGAUUCGAUUUCUACCUUCCAAAUGAAAACCCGACGAUGUGAGCAUAUACGUGUUUUAGCUAUGUUAACUUAGGUGCAUCUUUUGACCCCAAAUUUAGAUCAAAAAGAUGUGGUUUUUUUAUUCUGGGUCAUUUCAGGUGGAUUUCUUGAUAGCUUGCAUUGCUGUAAAUAUAAGAUUUAUUUUGAAAAAUCAAAAGAUUUAGUGUGUGUAUCUAAAGGAUGUUAUAGCUUCUAACGCUUCUGCAUGGUUGCUGAGUUUGAAGUGAUUUGAUGGAGAUGGCCCGCAAAAUUUGUCGACCGAUAAUUCACUUUGCAUCCGCUCCUCCUCAAUCCGAUCCAACUUUGCAUUCAUUUUUGAAAGUUAGUUCGAUGUUAUCAACAACAAAUCAACAAGUGAUUUAUUUUUUUGUUUUUUCAAAUGUUAUGUUAUUGACAUCCUUUUAUUUGCUGUUAGUGACAACGAGUAAAUUUGUGG